UGCGUGAGAAAAACUUCCUCCUCUCACGCAUGUAAGCGUGACACUGCCUGCCCACUGUUGACCGGAGCGAACAAACUGAGCCGCGUUUUCGUGUCAAAAUGUUAAUUUUAUCAAACAGGAUAAAGUUAUGUUCUCUCGCGUUCACCGCCGCACGCAUGUACAGCAGCGGCCCCGUGACCGCCAACAAAAACCCCACAGUUUACUUUGACAUUGCUGCAGACAACGAGCCGCUCGGCAGGGUAACCUUUGAGCUCAACGCCGACGUGGUGCCAAAGACAGCAGAGAACUUCAGAGCGCUGUGCACGGGCGAACAAGGCUUUGGUUACAAAGGAUCAAUUUUCCACAGGGUGAUCCCUCAGUUCAUGUGCCAGGGUGGAGAUUUCACUAACCACAAUGGAACUGGAGGAAAAUCUAUCUAUGGGUGGAAAUUCCCUGAUGAGAACUUCAGGCUGAAGCACACUGGACCUGGCAUCUUGUCUAUGGCUAACGCAGGACCAAACACCAACGGAUCCCAGUUCUUCAUCUGCACUGCUAAAACAGAAUGGCUGGAUGGCAGGCAUGUUGUCUUUGGCAGCGUGAAGGAGGGACUGGACGUGGUCAAGAAAGUGGAGUCUUUCGGUUCACGGUCUGGGCGAACCUCCAAGAAGAUCACUAUCAUGGACUGUGGAGAGCUGGUGUAGACUCUGAGCGGUGGACACGGUCGUAGUCUCAUCUCCUGCUGUUAUUUCUAUGUGAGGGUCCAGAGUGAAAGAGGCUCUUUCUUCAGUCAUGGCACAGAGGGCUACCUCGCUCUUGCUGGCAAUAGAUGAUCUCAGAGUCACUGGUUUUCUGUUGGUACUUCAAUCUUGUGUUAGUCUUUCUUCAGGUAGCAACUAACACACUUAACUGUCAGGGCAUAAAAUGUGAACUUGUAUUAUAGAAUACAGAAUAACGGGUUCUAAUGUAUUGUAAGAGAUAUUAAUACAACUGGAUGGAAAAGAGGCAUUGAUUUUCACAAAAAUAAAGCCAUUUUUUCUAAA